AAUAGUGUGUACGGAGCUUGUUUGGCGCGUAGCGACUGAAGAAGACUAGCGGCUUGACUUGUCUGGUUCCACAGGAAACGUUAUGGCGGAUUACGAGAAUAACAGAAGGGGUGGCAACGACGACGGAGGGCCGCAGGAGGAGGGAGACAGAGUGAAAACUAAGCCUGUCUCUUGUAGCACUGUGGGCGAAGGGACCGCAGUCAAACGCAAAUCCCAGCAUCUCACACCUGAAGAUGAGGAUGAGUCCUCCGCAGACCCACCAGCACCCCGCAAAAUCUCCAAGAUUGGCUUUAGCAUGAGCAGUCCGAUGGGGAAGAAGUCGAACCCCAUUUCUAUCAAACUUGGAGCAUCAAAACCCAAAGAGCCAGUACCAUCAGCUCCUCCAAAAAAGUCAGGGAUGGCGUCUGUUUUUGACGAAGAUGAUAGUGAACCUGAGGAGAUGCCCCCAGAAGCAAAGAUGAGGAUGAAGAAUAUUGGCAGAGAGACACCGACAUCUGCAGGACCCAAUUCCUUCAACAAGGGCAAGCAGGGUUUCUCUGAUCAUCAAAAACUUUGGGAGAGGAAGAUGAAGGCCCAAGCAGACAAAUUGUAAAUGACUACUGUGAAGUUGCCACUACAACUACCACAGUUUGUGUCACUAAAAGAGGAGCGUGUGUGUAUAGUUUAAACCAUGUCAGAGAUAUCUAUAAAGGCUCAAAUGAUUCCUUACUGUAGCCUCGGUUUUGACAACUUCUCAGCUUUGUGGACAUACGGUAAAGAAUACUUUAAGCCCUCUAUGAUAUUAUGUGACUGAGCUCACGUUUACGUUUCUAACCACUACUGGCUGAUGCUAACUAAGAAAAGAGGUACCAGUGUCAACCCUUUUGUGAUGAGAGGUGGGGUGAUAGAGAUAUGGGACAAAAAAAUAAUUAGCCAGAAUAUUGUUUAUACUAAAAUUUGCUACAGUUGCUUUCUGCUGGUUAAUUAGAAAAUCUAGCAUCUUAGAGCCCCCAUGCCCCUUUUGUGACAUGCUUGUUCCCAACUGAAGCUGGUUGGUUGUGGUGCUGAGCAAGCUCUCAGUGUUUGCUUGUCAAAUAUUUGUGUAAAAAUGUACAUAGAAGUGUGAUAAUGUUUUAUUUUUAAAUCCACAAAUGGGAGUGUGUGUUUGAGUGUUAACGUAAUCUUGCAUGUGUGGCAUAAACCAGACCUACAGAUGGAUUGUUUCAUUUCAUUUAGUUUCGCAACAUUAAUGUACAACCCUUUGUUUUCACCAGCUAUGCCACCUUAUAGGCAGUCUUUUGUUUUGUUAGUUUAAGCUUUGUGUCAGUAUUUCUGGUUUUGUUUACUUACUGGUUUUGUAUUGAAUCUGGCAAUUUAAAAACCCUACAAAAAUGAUGUUCUGAUGGAAGGACUGCUAAUGUGUUUUUAGUUGACAACUGUGUGAAGACAGCUGUCACAUGAACACCGGGGUGCUGGUAACACUUAUUUUGAAUGAUUUCCAGGGGGUUAAAAUGCUGGUCAGCAAUGAUUAGACACUUUUACAAACUCUUUUCAUCGCCACUUUCACAUCAGAAAUAAUGUGGAACCUCAGUGACUUAUUCUGUGCCUGACACUUUCUUGGAAAACUCCCUUCAUCAAAAAUAUGAACCCUGAAUUCCUCUGUAGGUUACCUGACUGUUGUGCUUCCCCAAAUGAAUAACAUAAACAUCCACUGCUGCGACCUGUUUUAUCUAACAACUCAGUCAAAUACAUUUUUUGGAUGAAC